AUGGCGGCGGCGGAGCCCGCGAGCUCUGCUCAGCCCACGCCGCAGGCCCAGGCCCAGCCGCCGCCGCCGCCGCCUGGGGCGCCAUCCUCGCAGCCGCCCGCGGCGCUCUCGGCGGGCAGCAGCCGGCACGAGAAGAGCCUGGGGCUGCUCACCACCAAGUUCGUGUCGUUGCUGCAGGAGGCGCAGGACGGCGUCCUGGAUCUCAAAGCGGCUGCAGAUACUUUGGCUGUGAGGCAAAAGCGAAGAAUUUAUGAUAUCACCAAUGUCUUAGAAGGAAUUGAUCUAAUUGAAAAAAAAUCAAAGAACAGUAUCCAGUGGAAGGGUGUAGGUGCUGGCUGUAAUACUAAAGAAGUUAUAGAUAGAUUAAGAUUUCUUAAAGCUGAAAUUGAAGAUCUAGAACUGAAGGAAAGAGAACUCGACCAGCAGAAAUUGUGGCUACAGCAAAGCAUCAAAAAUGUGAUGGAAGACUCCAUUAAUAACAAGUUUUCCUAUGUAACUCACGAAGACAUCUGCAAUUGCUUUAAUGGUGAUACACUAUUGGCCAUUCAGGCACCUUCUGGCACACAGCUUGAAGUACCUAUUCCAGAAAUGGGUCAGAAUGGACAAAAGAAAUACCAGAUAAAUUUAAAGAGUCACUCAGGACCUAUCCAUGUGCUGCUUAUAAAUAAAGAGUCCAGUUCAUCUAAGCCGGUGGUUUUUCCUGUCCCCCCACCUGAUGACCUCACACAGCCUUCCUCCCAGUCCUCAACAUCAAUGACUCCACAGAAAUCCACCAUGGCUGCUCAGAACCUGCCUGAGCAGCAAGUUUCUGAAAGAAGCCAGAGUUUCCAGCAGACACCAGCUACAGAAAUAUCUUCAGGAUCUAUUAGUGGAGACAUCAUUGAUGAACUGAUGUCUUCUGAUGUCUUUCCUCUCUUACGGCUUUCUCCUACCCCAGCAGAUGACUACAAUUUUAAUUUAGAUGAUAAUGAAGGAGUUUGUGAUUUGUUUGAUGUUCAGAUACUAAAUUAUUAGAUUCCAUGGAAACUUGGGACUGUUAUCUACCUCUAACUGUAACAUUGUAGAAUUCUUAAUAACCUAAGUAUUUAAAAUUAUGAAUGUAA